AUGGUUCUGAUAGAAAGCAAAUGCAAGCGCUUCCGUGCAAGUCAAGUGCUCUUAUGCUCUACAUCCCGCCACCAGCAGGUGUGGGGAACAAGGCGGCGACGCCUUUCAACAGCGAAGCUCAAAAGGCCAAUUACCCUUCCAUCGAGCAGGCCGCCCGUGCUGGUCGUCGGCAUGACCUCCUUGCCAUCGCGCUUGGGAGGUAUCGGACCAGCCCUGGAGUCUAUAGCCAAGCAGUCUAGGCGGCCGGAUCGGCUCGUUCUGUCAUUGCCGCGGCUGUCGGUGCGCGAAGGCCGCGAGUACGAGCUACCGGAUCACGUGAAGGAUCUCAUGACCAGGUAUCCGUGGAUGGAGGUUCAUUGGCUGCAAGAGGAUGCCGGACCUGGCACCAAAUUACUUGGUGCGGCUGAUUUUUUCCAGCAAUCGAUUGGUGAGGCCAUCCCCGGUGACAUGCUAAUGCUGCUGGACGACGACCAUGCUUACCUCCCAUCAGCACUAGGCGAGUUGUGCCAGAUCCAGCAAAGUCUUGGAUGUGGUUACGUCAGCUCCUUUUUCGCCUACUACUUCCGCGGGCUCAUGGUGCCGCAGGGCGCCGACAUAGUGGCCCUGCAAUUGGACGAGACAACCCUGAAGAGCAUGAUCGAGUUUCACAGGUGCUUUGUGAAGGGCGAUACGGCAUGCUUCUUGGUGGAUGAUCUCUGGACUGCUAUGUUUUACUUCCUGUGCGGAAGGCAGGUGCGCUCCUUCCGCGACAUAGUCACCCAGAGGGGCAUGGAGACCAUCUAUUCCCGCACAGACAAUGCAUCCGUGGCAGCUUUGAUGGACUUGGACGGCAGUGCACGAAGAGACCGUGCGAUGGUGUCGGCUUUUGAAGGCCUGAUACAGCGUCUUCUCGACGAGCCGUCCAAGCUCUCCAGCAUCGCCGGCGAAGCGGCUGUCCAACGCCUCCACAAGCUGGCUACAGAAGUGCGGCAAGCAGAUCGGCGCAUUGUAGAGCUCAACAGGUGGCUUCAGCAGGCAGAGUCAGGUGGGACACACGAGUCUCAGAUGCUCCGGCGGGCAAAGCAGGAACUAUCCCAACUGAUGCACUUGUACUUGAUGCAGAAGCUGCCAGAAUCAUUAUCGACGGCCGAUGCUGAUAGUCUGGCAGAUGGAGCGAAUGCCGGCAAAUUCACGGACUUCGUGCUUCGUUGUUAA